AUGAAGGUCGCCGCAUCACUGGCUGCCUUGCUGCUUGGCGCUACGGUGCAGGCAACUGCUCCUGCCAAGCCCAACUUCAUCUUCAUCAUCACCGAUGACCAGGACCAGCAGCUUGGCUCUGUCGACUACAUGGACUCUGUCAAGAAACACCUCAAAAACGAGGGCAUCACCCUCUCCAAGCAUUUCUGCACCGUUUCUCUCUGCUGCCCCUCUAGGGUCUCGCUCCUCACCGGCAAAGCUGCCCAUAACACCAACGUAACUGAUGUCGAGCCACCGUGGGGUGGCUACCCCAAGUUCAUUUCGCAGGGACUGAACGACGACUAUUUGCCUAUUUGGCUCCAGGACGCUGGCUACAACACGUACUACACCGGAAAAUUGAUGAACAAGCUUGGAAUCAGAACGUAUCAAAGCCCGGCACCUCGUGGAUGGAACCGCUCUGACUGUGCGCACAUCGUAAUUCAGUUUCACAUGCUGUCGCUGAUCGUCCUUACAGUUUUGCUCGACCCAAACACCUACGUGUAUAACAACGCUUAUUUUACUCUUGACAACAAGAAGUGGCGAGCUUUUCCAGGGGAGUAUUCUACUGAUUUGGUCGCAAAAAGAUCCCUCGAGUUCCUCAAGCAAGGCAUAGAUGCUCAAAAGCCCUUCUUUCUCGGGGUAGCUCCGAUCGCGCCACAUUCUGAGUUGACGGAUACCUUCAGAGAACCUGUACCUGCUAGUCGUCACCAGGACUUGUUCCCCGGUGCACAGGUCCCAAGAAAUAAAAAUUUUAACCCUUCUCAGCCCGGGACUGCAAGUUACUUCAAAAAUCUGCCCAGACUCAGUGCUGCGCAAGUUCAAUACCUCGACAACUUCCAAAGAAGACGUUUACAAUCCCUGCAAGCGGUCGACGACCUUAUUGAUGGCAUCUUUGACACCCUCCAGGACCACCCCGAUGUUUUGGCCAACACCUACAUCAUAUACACUGCUGACAACGGUUUCCACCUCGGACAGCAUAGAUUGCCUGCCGGUAAGACCUGCGGAAUCGAGGAAGAUGUCAAUGUGCCAUUUAUUAUUCGUGGCCCCGGAAUCGCCAAAAACAAGACAGUCAAUUUUCCAUCCUCUCAUACCGACCUUGCGCCGACUUUCCUUAAGUUGGCUGACAUUCCUCUCCGAGACGACUUUGAUGGAUUACCCAUUCCUGUCAGGUCCGUUGAUCAGACCCCAGACUCCAUCAAGAACGAACACGUCAACAUUGAGUAUUGGGGAAGAGGGAUAAUUGAAGGAACUGCGUUUGACAACCUGAGUAAGCACAUGCCUCCUUACCAAGUAGUACAUGGACUGACAGCCGAUAUAGAAGGCUAUUUCGGUCAGAACACCUACAAGACACUACGAAUCGUCUCUGAAAGCUACGAAUUCAUGUACACUGUGUGGUGUAAUGGUGACCAUGAGUUGUACAACAUGAAAAGAGACCCUUACCAAACAUCCAACUUGUACGGUACCGAGUCUCAAUGUAGUCCGUACGACGUCGGUCGCCUCACCAAGCGUCUUGAUACCCUGGUCCUUACACUCAAGAACUGCAAGGGAGAUUCGUGCCGCUAUCCAUGGAAGACUAUUUUUCCGUCUGGUCAAGUAAAGAGCCUGCAGGAUGCCCUGGACGAGAGCUACGAUGAUUUUUUUGAUUCGCAGCCCUGGGUUUCAUUCGAUGAAUGUACGCUUGGAUACAUACCGGAGCUUGAAGGUCCUGCUGGCCCCAACCCGUAUCAAGGUUCAUUUGCUCGCAAUACGGAGCUUCGUGAUGAGCACUGGAUUUAG